UCGCUGUCCCUGUGUCUCGGAUGCUGCAGCUGGCAUGGUCCGGCUCCGCUGUUAACUCCGCGGCGCGUACCCCUCCGGUGGCAGACCGACCGCAGCAUGUCCCGGGACCGCUUCGGUAUCUUCAGCACCCGGCAGCUGAAGGAAGUGCUGGAGAACGAGGAGAAACUCGCCGGGAUGGUGCAGCUGAGCCCGCAGUUACAGGCACUCCAGCAGGAGCGGGAGACAAUCCUGGCCAAUAACCGGAGCAUGGCAGAGAAGAAUCUCGGCAUGCAGCCCGUGCUGGACACCGGCAAACUGCACUUAGCCACAAAGUACCAGGAGCUGCUGGAGGUAACUACAGUAUGUGCAGAGAAGCAGAGGAAAGUGGCUGUUUACCUGGAGAGACAUAGCCCCAAGUCUGCACUGGAACACCUGCAAAGAGAUAUGGUCAAAAAGGAAGAGGAAUCUGAGGAAAUCACUGACACAUUCUUGGCUGGUAAGAUGUCACUGGAGAGCUUCCUGCAGAGGUUCCACAGGUCGAGGAAACUUUGCCACGUGAGGAAAACUCAAGUGGAGAAGCUGCAGGAGCUGAUUAAGAAGGACAAGCGGAGUCAGCAGCGGUUAGUGCAGCAGAGGGUGGAGCAGCGAACUGCCUCCCAAAAUGCCCCCCCUAACCUGAGAAAUGGACCUGUGCGCCAUGUGCUCCAUCAGCGUCAGGGCUUCAAGCACGCCAUCAUCCUAACCCCGGAGACCACGAGCCCGUUCCCUGCACCGUCACCUGUUCCUCAGAGCAAGAACCUGCCUCCACUCAGCCUGUGCGAGCACCAGCCUGCAGCUUCACAGCCGAGCAUUCCCCUCACACCCCAGGCACUUCGCUCAGGCCUGCGUUUGUUCGGCCAGAUUCCUUUCUGGACCCCUCGGCCAUUUAAGAUUCAGAGGGAGUACCCAGUGCGGAAACAACCGCCCUACCGAUAGGAGCAUGCACAGGCCUUCCAAAUACUGUUCUAUGCAAGUCAUUGCAGAUGGGGGAACAACAGAAUAACACACUACAGACAAAACCACAUCUAACAUACCUUGUCGGGAAAGGAAGGAAAAAGCAAUUAGGUGGAAGGCAGUCGUUGAGUAAGAGUCAGUGGAGGAGAAAUGGAUUUUCAUUUUGGGAUCUUGGAUUGCUCCUGAGUGUGUUUGCAAAAUAAGAGGUAGAAUCCUGAUGCGGUAUUUAGCAGUAGACCGACACCAUCUGAUUAAAGGAACAAUGUCUCUUCAUAAGUGGUUAAUUGUAGGAUUUGUCAUGAAGAAAUAUUUCAAACUUCCCCUUUAUAGUGGUGGAUUUUCUAGUUUUAGUUCCAGAGGAUAAUUCUCCGGAAAUGUAUCCACCUAAAUGGCCUGGAUUGUACAGUCCAUGAAUGUGAUUGAGCAUCUGGGAGACUUGAAGAAUUGUGUUAAUUAUUUGCUUUGUGAUGUAGCCAGUGGAAUGAGUACCCUGAAAAUGAAGGUUGGUCUUACCUGUCUUGCUCACAGGUACAAGUUUCUUUGCAUGAAAGAUAAACGUGAUUGAGAAACUGGAUGUCCUCACCAAGACCCAGUUGGGUCAAUAUUGCUUUGUUACAGCUCAGAUCUGACUGGAUCUCGAAUUGCUCUGGACAAUAGCCAAUGAGACUGAGAUGAGAACUCUCAAACAUUAUCCUAAAUGAAACAAAGCAGCAUCUCCUGAAAUAUCUGCCUCUGGUGAUGAUAAGAAAGGUUAGACAUGGCUCUUGAAUGCAGUCUCUGGCAAUCGAUUCAGUGGUGGAAAUUUUCCCUUGAGUAGAAGUCAUAGGGCUUACCUUGGAGCUAACUGAUCUGGCGUGAGAAUGGCUUCCAAGUUUGGAAGCAAAUGGCCUCCAAGUUUGGGAGUAAGUAGAAUCAUUGAACAUGACAGCACAGAAACAGGCCCCUCAGCCCACCUAGUCUGUGCUGAACUUUUAAUCUUCCUAGUCCGAUUGGCCUGCAUCCAGAGCAUAGCCUUCCAUACCCCUUUCAUCCAUGUACCUAUCCAAAUUUCUCUUAAAUGUUGAAAUUGCCCCAAUCCACCACUUUCACUGGCAGCUGGUUUCACACUCUCAUCACCCUCUGAGUGAAGAGGUUCCCCCUCAUAAAACUUCACCCCCCCUUUGUAAUUACUACGCUAGUAAUUGGGGCUAUGUGUCUGAAAGGAAAUGGGUUAUAUUAAUUCCUCAGAGUUAUUUUUUGUUAUCUGCAUGAAAAGAGCAAGAACUGUACAUGUAAACAAGCAGACUUUGAACAAUUUGGCAUAAAUCUUUUUUUUAAAAAAAGUCUGCUGUUCCACCUGUUUUGGGCAAUUCUUGUUCAUUGUUAACACUGGAACUGAGUAUGCAACUCCUAAUUGACAAUUAGUUGUCCAACAAAAGGUCCUGCUGCCUGAUCUACAGUAAUCCACCAUCUUGUAGCUGAGAUGGAUGCCAUAUGUAAACGUCACUGUCGUGGAUUUAAAACUAUAUUGAGAAAAAUAGAAAUCAGGUCACUGACAUGCAAGUUAUAAGCAGUUACAGUUUCCCUUGUGAAUGAUUUCAACAAAUUACAAGUGGCAACACUUGGCCUGCAUUUACUGCAUAUUGAGAUCGGCGAUGUUAAAGAGAUGCGCCAGUAGAACGCUAGAUUACUUUGAGAAAUGUAACACACAAUUUAAUAGUUAAUGCAGAUCUCAAUAAAAUUAAGCCACUCAUUAAGUUCACAGCCAGUUUCAAAAGUAUUAGCUUCUAUAUGGAAUUAAUAAUUUGAACAAUUACAUUUAUCUGGCUGUUUCUUGGCUCCAUACCAAUAGGUGUAAGAAUAAAGUAUACAGGUAUUAGGGUUUGACCGUGUCCUGUUUCAGUCUUGAACUCAAAGUUAUUCCUACUAGGACUUGCAGAAAGGUUUAUGACUUUGGCCAAUCCAACGGAUUGAGUCCUGCUGGAAACUGAAUGGAAUUAACUCUCAGUGAUACUUCUCCAUGAGCUGACAUAGAUUAGUAAAUGACCUUACCUCUUGAGCAAAAGGCCAGGGAACAAGAUAACAAUGCAUUAAAAUUCCUCAUCCCUUAGUGCAGGUUUUUCAGGAUUGCUCUCCAACCCUUCCACAUCAGAUUCAAUUAUGCCGGCUAAUCUACACAAACUGGACUUACUCAAGCAGCAUAUAAGCAACCAAAUUUUGUUUGCUGUUUACUGAGAACACCACCGUUCACCUUCAUGGAAUACAUUAUGCCUAGCUAAGCAAAGGUGUCUUAUCUUUACAUAGAAGUUAUAAGAUAGAACAGUUCAUGAACAGUUACUGCCCUCAACCAUCAGGCUCUUGAACAAAAGAGGACAACUACACUCAUCCAUUGAGAUGUUCCCACAAUCGAUGGUCUCACUUUAAGGACUCUUUAUCUUGUCACUUCAUGCUGUCAUUACCUACUUCUAUUUAUUUACAUUUGCAUUUACAGUUUGUUGUUUUCUAUGCUCUACUUGCUCUUUCAUUGAUCCUGUUAUAGUUAUUAUUCUAUAGCUUUACUUGAGUUCCCAAGGGAUAACGAAUCUUAGGGUUGUAUGUGGUGACAGGUAGUACUCUGAUAAUAAAAUUUACUUUGAACUUUAGAAUGUUUGUUUGAAGGCCUGGGUUUAACCUGGCCUGGGUUCAGCCACAAGAAUGCCAACAGCUAAGGCUAGCUACUGUUCAGAAAGAUAAAUUUCAAGCUUUCAGGAUGGAUACAUAGUAUUUAAUUUACAAGUAUUGGAUUUGCUUCAUAGGAUGCUUUCAUUGCUAAACUAAAGAGUGCGGAGGCUAACGUAGCAGUCAGCGUGAAUUUAAAAUUUAUGGGUUCUAACCCAUUAAUCCUCUGGAAUUCUCUGAGGAGGGAAUUACUGAACCAAAUUGAUAAGGAAAUAUAUUUAGAUUUUCAGGAGCUCCUUACCAGUAUGAGGCUGUUAAGAAUGGUUAAGCAUCAUGGAACAAAUAAAUUGAAUGUAGUAUUGGAUAGAAAGGAAGGUGCUGAGAUUUUGGAAGGAAGAAGCUUCUCUGGAAGCAGUAUUGCAUCCACGAUGGUUUAUUAUGGGUGCCAUUCAAAGAUCAAAAGUUCAAAGUACGUUUACUAUCUAAGUACACAUUGUCAGCAUAUCCUGCCCAGAGAUUCAUUUUCUUGCAAGCAUUCACAAUAAGACGAAGAAAUACAAUAAAAUCAAUGAAAAACUACACAUAAAGACUGAUAACGAAUAUGGGAAAGAAGACAAACUGUGUAAAUACAAAAAAAAGAAUAAAUAGUAAAUAAAUAAUACAGAGUUCAUGAGUUGUAGAGUCCUUGAAAGUGGGUCAGUUGUGGAACCAGUUCAGUGCUGAAGUUAUCCAACACUGGUUCCGGAGUCUGAUGGUUGAACUGGAUUAUAGUAUUUUUGCUAGGAGAGUGCAUCCUGCGUACAAGUUUCUGACACCUGUUGCUGUCAUCAAGCUAACUUUGAAGAGAUACAUAGUCUUCACAUAUAUUGGAAAUAUCUAAAAGUCUUUUGGAUAGUUUAACAUUUAUUUCCUUGAUGUCCCAUAUUUCAGUGUCUCCAAUUAUCAAAUCUGGAACCAUGGUUUGAUCUUAACCAUAGCUCAUUGCUUCUCAAAUCUUAUUCUCAAUUUGGCUACCUCACCAAUUAAGGAAUAGGAGGCAGAUGUUAAUGCAAAAUUUCCACUGGUUAGCUUUGUACCAAUGCUGGCCAAAACUAAGCAUUAAAAUGCUAAGACUAACAUGUUACACUGAAGCAAAGCAGAACUUCAGAAAACAUUUUUGGGAAUCUAUUCAAAAACCUUAAUAAAUAUUUUUUUAAACACUCCCUCCCCCACCAAGUAUUGGAUACAAAGCUCAGCCUUUGUGCCAUCAGCUGAUGGCAUGUUAAUUAACUCUUUGGGGAAAAAAAACAAAGUUUCAACAUUUGAUUAGGAACGAGGUUCUGCUGCUGACUGACCUCAGAUAUUUAUGGAACAAAAAGUUUUUAAUAUAUGCAGAGGAAAGGCUGGGACGUUGUGGGGAUUGGGGGAAAGCAACUGCCCAGGAAGAAGGUAUAGCCCAUAUACAGGCAGAGGGUGAUGAGUCUGGAAUUCAUUGUCACAGAUGGCUGUAGAGGCCAUGUCAUUGUGUAUAUUUAAAACAGAUUAUAGGUUCUUGAUUAAUAAGGGCAUCAAAAGUUAUGGGGAGCAGACAGGAGAAUGAGGGUGAGAGGGAUAAUAAACCCAGGAGGGAAAGGCCUAAUUUUGAUCCGAUGUCUUAUGGUCUACAGUCUAAAUGAUGUGAAUGAUAAAGCUGUGUGGGUGGGUGACUUCUCUGGAGUUUUUGUUUGAUUACUCUAGGAUAGUGAAGAUCAUGAAGGCACAAGUAGCACAGGGCUUUUUAAAACACGACAAAUUGGUCUGAAGACACUGUUUCCAUGCUGUAUGACAUUAUGACUCCAUAACAAUAUUGCACUGAGAGUUAAAGUCAAGGUUGUUAGUUAUUGUGAAAAGAUUUUGCUGUUUAAUGAUGGAAAAACUGGGAGAGCUUCAUCAACUGCUUCAAAGAAAUCCAAGAGAUAGGGAUGUCAGAAAAACUUGGGAACUGACUGAAUGCAACUUCAUCAGAUGACUCCUGCUACUCAUAAACUGGCAGAAAAUUAAAACAGUCUCUGGCUGUAAUGUAAACAAAUUACAUGAAUCUCUUUUAGGCAUUCCCUUCUCUAUUGCCACAAAUUUAAUGUGUAUUUUUAUGUCUACAAGCCUUUGCAGUGGAGAAGUAGAGGAGCCCUAAGGAAAUUCAUGAAGCGUCUAAUUCCUUGAAUACCUUACUGCCAGAUGGAAACUGUUUACUUAAGGCCAAAAAUAAUACUGUCGUGAUUUAUAAACUGGGGGGAGAAUAAUCAGCCAUGAAGGAAUAUCUGAUAGCCUGGGUUGUUUAGAAUCAAGGAAGCCGAUGGGAACUUUAAUUGGUAUCUAAAAUAUUGUGGGCCUUAGAUAGAGAAUGAAAGGAGAGAGCCAUUUCAGCUAAUGAAGGUCAAUAAGUUUGAAGCUUAUAAAGAAAUAUUUUCACUCUCCAGUUGGGAGAACUCAUUGCAUAGAUUUUGGUGAAUUUGCAGAAUGCCUCAUUACACUGAAAAUGUAAAAGGGCUUCUUAAGCAGUCCCUCAGGACUGAUGAUAAUUUGCUUCUAUUCAGGCUCUGCAAGUUCUGAUGAGACCAUAUACAUGUAUGCUGCCAAGCAAAACAAGGUUCCUCUGGACCAAGGUGCACAACACCGUAUACAUAACUCACACAUGAAGUAAUAUUACCACAAAUAAAUUAACAAUAAAUAAAAUUUAUUCCAGAAGAUUGACAUUUAGCGUAAGGUGCAUUUACAACACAAAUCAAAGAGUAAACAGUAUAACGUGACUGGUGCUUCAUUUGGGAUGAGACCUGGAAGGUGGCAGGGAGUUCAGUAAUCCCUUGGGCUAGGGGAAGAAGCUCUUUCCCAUCCAAACAGUCCUUAUCCUAAUGCUACAGUACCUCCUCCCUAAUGGUGAGGGCCUAAGAGGUCACAGGUAAGCAUGAGGUGCUCGAUAAAAUCAGUGGGUGAAUAUUUUGGGACGUGGAGUACCACUUCCAUUACUUUUGCUGAGUUUCUCCACAAUCCCAGUGAAGAAAUUUUGGGGACCCAAAAUGUUCUGCCGCAAUUUUAGGUGGUGAUUGAUCAGAUUUCUAGAAAGUUCAAGGGUCUGUUUCCUCCUCUUCUGAUAAUCUCUUUCUGUAACAGAACUUCAACUGGUGGUGUAGCCCAUUCAUUUAAAGUCACUAGUUUUGUUUAGAAGAUGCUGGCCUGGAAGAGGAAACUGAUGAUGUCUCUGCACUGAGAGAUUUUUCCGAAACAGCAUUGUUAGUACCCCUCCAGUGCUUCAGGUUGCUGUUGUAGAUGACCAUGUUUGUGAAGCAUGCAAGACAGUGGGGAUUAUUGUUACCUAGUAACAAGAUGACCUUUGCCCCAGGUUUGAGGACUGGAGCUUCAAUCACACUUUUCCUCUGAAACCCAGAAUCGGUGCUGGUGCAAGUGGAAACAGUCAUGAAAGUCUCCCUUUGCAAAGUGGUGCUUUCUGGGACCUGGGAAGCAGUUCACAUCAACCAAGGUUUCUUCAUGAUCAUUUAUUGUUGGGGGCAGUGUUGGUAAAGGGUGGUAAAUAUAUUAUUUAUAUUGCGGAUUGAUUCAGUGUCUGGGACCCUGGCCUCUGACAUGUAUACAUGCAUAUGUUGUCAGCUCAAUGACUGAGGAUAGAAUGACUUUGAACUUGGCUUUGGAAUGAAGGUGGGUUGAACAGUUUCCUAUUCAUCCCUUCCAGCAGGAAGCUGUUGAAGAUUAGCUGCAAAAAAGAAAGAGUAGAGAGUUGGAACAAUGACAGAAUCUGGUUUGGCCCUGAUCUUUGGUGGACCUGUUGCUUAGAAUAACGGUUUGCAUGCCAUCAUAUACCAGAUGUACAAAGGAGAUAAAAUUUAGAGGGAAAAUUAAUCUGAGAGAGAUACUCCACAGUUUGUCUCAGCAUAUUACUAUGAUGCUACAAACUGAGAUUUGAAAUGUGAGAUUUCACUGGAGAUGUCUUUCUCAGCCAGAAUGGUCAAAUGCCAUUUCAGUGCCACAUGUUUCUAUAAUUCCAUAAAGAUCUUUUGAAACUGUGCCAGCUCUCUGUAACCUCAGUGAUCUUAACAUAAUUGCCAUUCCUUGGGGCAAUGUGUAAAUACACAUAACCAAGUAUCAUUGCAAGGGUUACUAUGGUAAUUCUAACUGCUUAAAUCUGUGAGUAGCAAAGUUAGUUUGCUAUUAACAUGGAAGUGAUUUUCUGAAAUUCAAGUCACAUUCUACCUUAUCACAGUUCCCAAACAGCAACAGUGAUUCAGAAGUUAUUUAUUGGCUGUGAAAAGUAAUAUUAAUACUCUAUGUAGUCUCAGAUUGUCCUUGAGUGAAAGUCACAGAGAAUAUAUCAAUUAUUUUUCUUGCUCUUCAAAUGACAGGCAAUUUUUUUUACAGGUUCUCCCUAGUGCAGUGCUGACACCAGUUUUUGGUUUAAUCUCCCAUUCUGCUGAAUCACUUUGACCCUACACUUUUGCAACUUUAUCUAUCUAAGCUUCUCAAAACUCCACUGUUCCCACUUUAUCUGCUCCAUCUUUAUUUCAGUCCUUCAUUCUCUACACCAUUAUUGUCCAGCGUUCAAGAGCAGGUAAAUAAUCAUCCAAAAUUCAGUGUUUGGAGUGAGAGGUCUUGGGGCAAAGAAGAGAGACUCCAAUAUUCCAUGUAAGCACUGUGAGGAAAGAGAAAAUGCAAAUUGUAGAAGGGCCUGGGAGGUGUCACUGGCAAUGAGUUAGGUCACAGCAGAGAUACCAGUUUUGAGGGGUUUUUUUGGAAUGAUGGUGAAAGAAUGUAUCAUGUACAUGCACGGUUUUGUACAACAUGAUUUCAAUAAAAGAUCUUUUGUAUCAAAAAUG